AUGGCAGGCACUCCGGAAGAUACCGCCAACGGCUCGACAGAAGUUGAUGAUAUUCAAGGCACACCAGCGGUUGACGCUACUAGCAAUGACGAAGGCACACAGACUGACGACAAUCCCCUCAAUAAAUGGCUAAACACCAGUCUAGUUGAGCUCAAAGAUGAGCAUGGCUACACCCGCGAGAUUAUGGUCCAAGAAUAUUUGAAUAUCACAACUACAGCACCCGAUAACCUUGCUUCCUGGCUCCAAGAAGGCAGUCUUGACGUUGCCUUCGCUCUGUUGACAGCACACAAGGAGCCAAAAAAUGUCUGCGCACUCGCAAUCCAGCAGGGCGUCGAAUUGUACAAUUUUAUUACAGGAGACAGUACCAUGGACGACUUCCUCCGACACAGUACUGUUGCGCCUGUAGUGAAGGAUGCAAAGCGCUUCAUAGUAGUGCCUGUGAACGAUGGUCCACUACAACUCAAGCCACAGGAAGAGCAGGGUAAGGAAGACCAUAGAAUUGCAAAAGAAGCUGAAGAAGCCCGGAAAGAACCUGCCGAACAAGUGGAAGAAGGCGAAGUGAUAGAAGCGGAAGAGGGUGCUGCGCAAGCUGAAGACCCAGCCGAAGAGUACCCCGAUCUCGAGCGGGCAUAUGAUACACCAAUGCCCGAUGCGACACCAGAGGGCAAUGAGAACACCCCAGAACCAGCCCCUAGAAAGAAAAAGAAGCUGGCCAAAAGAGAUGGUAAAAAGCCAAAUGAGUUGCCCGAAGUACUUCCGGCCAUUGGCAAUCACUGGGGUCUCUUAGUAGUCGAUAAACAAACAAAGACAGCACGCUGGAUCGAUGGAAAUAUUACCCUCGUCAUCCGUGAUGGAAAGAACGACCGGUUUCCUCCUGACAUGUCGAGAGCAGCAACAGUGGCCGGCAAAAUCCUCUGUGGCAUCGAACAGCUUCUUGGGCCCGAGCGAGGGAAGUACAACGCAAAGACCGCGAAAUACGUUCCGCACCAGAGCGAGAACAAUAGUUUCCGCCACGACCAUGGAGCGUGCGGUCCUUACGUUGUCGCUUUUCUUGAGUAUCUGUAUCAGCGCAAUCGCCUAUCCCAUUUACGUACACUCUUCGGGAAGCGGAAAAAGGAACAACAUUGUAACGACUUGGACUUUGAUUCUCUGUAUACAAGAGUUGAGAUGCAGAGAAUUAUACAGGUCCAAAGUGAGAAGGAUGCGAAAGCUGAUGAACUGUCGUUGAAGAUGACGCCAGAUGUCUUUCGUAUUUUGGAUCCUAAGGUCGUUGCGCCUUGGGUUGCUACGGCUUGGCGCGAUCGAACGGGCAUGUCAGAUAGGCCGCCGGGGUUGUUCGAUAGAUACGAAUUCCAGAAACAUUCGGCUAGAGGUAAAAGAUCAGGCGGCGGCAGCGGCAGCGGCGGUGUUGAUGGUGGCGGUGGUGGCAGAGGAUCCCGUCCCGGUGGUGGUAACGGGGGAAGACGCCCAACUCCUCCUCCCGAAAAGAAUGUUUGGGAUACGGACGACGAAGAUGAGGACGACACUUACAUCGACGAUUUGAACGAUCCGCAAAACACACAAGCAUCCAAAAACAUCCUUCGCGGAUUUAUUCGAGAGCGACCUGGCCAUUAUAGAGGUUGCACAACAAAGGAAGAGGCCUAUAGGCUGGCAUGGAGGACGAUGAAGGAUGAGGACAAGAAGGCAGCGGCAGAGGCAGCGGCUACACUCGCUGCAGCUGGCAAUCCUCGAGCAGGCGGUGACCCUCCACCAGGCGAUGAUCCUCCACCAACCACUAACAAUCCACCGCAUCGCUCUUACCUCCCUCUGCUCAACCGCCCCGACACAAUCACCGAUAUCCCCGCAGACUUCGCCGACGAGCAAGCAGUACCCUCAGAACAAAUCAAGCUAUGGCGAGAAAGCAAUCUCGAACGUAUCGAACGAUGCCAGCUCGGUAACAAAGCCACAGAAGACGGUAUCUCAAUGAGAGCAAUACUACAGGCUCUUUCCGGCGCCUCAUUCAGCGACGAGUCUAACGAUCGCUUAACCAGUACAUGGCUCAAGGACCCCGACGUCUUCACCGACGAUGAGCGCAAGACUUUGCGAGACUACCCAGGUAUCAUCGGAGAGAGGAUGAAGGAGAGGUAUGAGGUCUUUGAUGAGAGGCAACCCGCAGCUGCCAAGCGAUCUCGCAGUGGCGAAGAUAACAUGGGUGGCCACAAGAAGGCGAAGAUGGCGGAAGACGACAUCAUGGAUUUAAGCGACUCGGUCCACUCAGACGAUUUGAACUUUGAUUCCGACGAAGAGCCCGAACAAAACAGUCCUGCUGCGGCAUCCGGUAAGUCCACCACUCCGGGUGCUACGCAAACCAAGCGUCCACCCCCAGACUUUCUCAAGAUGCCAGACUCUGAUAUCAUCCUCUGGGCUAGGAAACUUCCGUCCGACGUGAAAGACUCCCUGCUUGACGAUAUUGGGGAGAAGCUGAUGUGGCCAAAUCGGGCACGUUUCUAUCUCGAGCGCAUAUACAAGAAGACGUUCCAGACCUGGGCUGCUGAAGACCCAAUGACUGCUCAGAGCUUGAGGGGUGUUAAUCAAUGGAGGAGAUUGGGUACUUUCGUUGGCGUGUACACGAACAAGACGCCAGCAGGUCUGAGGAAGUUUUUGGUGGAUGUACUUUUGGCGAAUGAGAGGAAGGAAGGCGAUGGGAAGGGGAAGACGGUGGUGAAGAUCGAUUUGCCGGAUUAUAGUGACAAUCAGGAUAAGUGGCCGAAAGAAUGGAAGUAG